UUAGUUAAAUUCUAAGCCUACGACAGGGUAGGCUUAGGAGAGGAAAUGGUGAUGUGGCAGAAUUUCAUUAGGCUGAAAGCAACCAUAAUGAGCCCGUGAAUUUGAUAAAUCCAACGGCCGAUCGCCCGGGUCUCUUCAUUUACUUCGUUCUCUACUUUCUCGCCCUCUGCUUCUGCUUCCCUUCUUUCAUUUCCCCAUAUUACCUGUUUUCUCUUUUUUCUCAUCUUUCCCCCCAACUCUUGUCAAAUGAUAGAAAGGAAACAUGACAGUAAUUCAAGCCAAGUGAUAAAAAGUUUCAGCCUGCUGUUACUGUCUCUGGUUUCUUUUGACCGUUUUUUAAAACUCUGUUUCUUAAUUCGUUGCUCCUCUACUUUGCAUUCAUUCUCUGUUUUCAGUGACAUGGGUUUUCAACCUUGUUUUUAUAAUUGAACUUUUCCUUUUAAUUGGAUGCAAUGUGAUUUAGUUAUAAAGCUGGUCUGAUGAAGCUAAAUAUAUGCCGUUUUUGUUAUGACUUUUGAAGCACCUCUAUUGAUCGGAGAUGGGAAAGAAAGGGAGUGGAUGGUUCUCUACGGUGAAGAAAGUGUUCAAGUCUUCAUCUAAGGACUUGCCCGAGAAAAAGGAAGAGAGUGUUGAGAAAUGGCCGAAUGAGGCCCCGGAAGUAGUGUCAUUUGAACAUUUUCCGGCAGAGAGUUCACCAGACAUCACUAAGGAUGAGAGUGAAACGUCAACUCCGAACAAAGAUAGGGACCACGCCAUUGCUGUGGCCUUGGCAACCGCUGCUGCAGCAGAAGCUGCUGUUGCUGCUGCUCAAGCAGCGGCUAAAGUUGUUCGAUUGGCUGGUUAUAGACGCCACUCUAUGGAAGAAAGAGCUGCAACUCUUAUACAGUCGUAUUAUAGAGGCUACCUGGCUCGGAGUGCUUUGCGAGCUUUGAAGGGAUUGGUGAGAUUACAGGCACUAGUGAGAGGCUAUAAUGUGCGGAAACAAGCUCAGAACACAAUGCGGUGCAUGCAAGCAUUGGUACGGGUGCAGGCAAGAGUUCGAGCUCGUAGGUUGCAACUAACUCAAGAGAAGCUUCAAAAGAGAGUGGAUGAUGACGAAGAUGACAACGAAGAAGAAAAAAGGGGAAUGGAAGAACUCAAACUUGAACGAAAGCCGAAGAGCCCGUUGAACAAAUAUGACAGUUGGGACGGUGAGAAUGUCAAUGGAUGUGCUUCAAAGAAACAUGAUGCUGUUAUGAGAAGAGAACGAGCCCUUGCUUAUGCCUAUAGCUAUCAGCACAAUGGCAAGGAUGGUGGAGUGUAUCUCAAUGAACGUGAGAAGGCGCAAUGGGGUUGGAAUUGGCUCGAGUGUUGGAUGUCGUCGCAACCAUACCCUGCCCGUCAAUUGGGAUUACAGGAGGGUGCUUACAUGGCUCUACCCCGCGCUACUACAACCACCGAUAACAUGUCGGAGAAGACUGUUGAAAUGGACGUUGUGACACCAAUAAAAUCUGGCUCAUACCUAACUCAGCAGCAGCUGCAAUCAGACUCUAGUAGUGUCCCUAGCUAUAUGGUCACUACCCAAUCUGCCAAGGCCAAAGUGCGAAGUCAAGGCUCAGCCAAGCAGCAACGUGGACCUUAUGUACCCGAAUGGAAUUCAUCGACGAAGAAAGCCUCGGGUUGUGAUUCCUCAACUUCGGGUGGGGGACCAACAAUCUACCAGGCCCCAAGAAGCCCUGGCCCAAAGAGUAAUGGUGCCCGUGUACCGUCUAGACGUCUAAGAGGCUGUAGUCCUGAUGCUGGCGCUGGUGGCGAGGAUUGGAGGUUGCCUGUUGGAAGUCGGGGAUGGUGAAUGAAUGACUUCGAUUGAUUGUGUUUGAGUACUUCCUCUAUAAGUGUGAAAUUAACUCUUCUUAAAUGUAAACAUGGUUCAACCCCAUGUGUUGGCUUGUUCGGCAGGGUAUUUACUUUCAUAAGUGUAAUUUAAGUUUGACUUGCACUAAUCACAUUGCUAUUAAAAUUUUACUGUCCUCUUAAAAUUCACCAAAAA